CGAGUGUCUAUGCACCUUCCCCCUCAUAAAACCAGACAAGGAGGUCCCUUUCCCCUCAUCUUUCUUCACUCUCUUUCAAUGGCAGCUCAGGGCGACCUCUUCCUCCUUGACGAAUCCCUAUACCUGCGAUGCUCGCCGGAACCGUCUGAUAUACACCUUGACAUCUUCUCUGAUCCUCUCUUUGCCAUUCCAGCUGACCCCAACUUCGAAAUUCUCGAUGCUGUGCUCUCUGAUGACCAGGCCACUUCCCAAUUGGAUGGCCUCUCUCUCGAACCGGUUGAGGAACUAGCACCACCGGUGCAUCUUGGCUCGAGCCUCCCUCGAGAUUUUGCUCCGGGCAACGGGUGCGGUAGUGACAUGGGAGGUUGCAUUGGAGUGAAAGAUGAGAAGUUGUUAGGUGGCAUGGCUCCUACUUCUGUUCCGAGAUCAAAUGGGUUUAUGCAGAGGAGCAUGAGUAGUCAGUCUCUUGGGCAAUUGAGCGCACAGCAUCAGCAUCGUCAAGUGGGUUUGUUCCGUCCCCAAUUGUCCUCUGUGUUUGAAUUGCCUCAUGUGUUCGAGAUGAAAGGGAAGCCUGGGCUUGGUGGUUCAUCCAUGAGAAGGGUUUGCAGUGCAGGGGAUAUACAGAGAAUCAACAGAAUGCAAAUGAGCCCUUCGGCUCAGGAGAAUCAAGGAGUGGAGGAUAUAGGCUUCAGGGUGAGGCCUUACAGUGCUGAAGAGAGGAAGGAGAGGAUAAACCGAUACCGGAACAAGCGAACUCAGCGAAAUUUCAACAAGAAGAUCAAAUAUGCGUGUCGUAAGACACUGGCGGACCGGAGGCCGAGGGUCCGCGGUAGAUUCGCAAAGAACGAAGAAACAGACGAGAUUCCAAAGAACCCUAACGAUGAAGACGACGACGAAGAGGUAUAUGGGUUCGAGGAAGAGGAUGGCAAGAGGGCCAUGGGCCACAGGCGUGGGCCUUGUCUUGGGGGCGGCGCCAUGUUAACGGCCGUGCCAAUAGGCCCAAAUUAUCAGUUCUUUGGCUUCUGAAAUUGCAGGCAUCUUAAAGCUACUUUCAAGAGAGAAAAAGGAAAAGGAAGGCCUCUCACUCUGCCCAUUUGAUGAUUACAUGGCUUCAAGGCGUCUUCUCUCUACUUACCCAUGGGACUGUGGGUUCCAUUUUGAAAUAUACUAAGAAAGAAUCCAGUGUCCGGAGGCCUGUGAAAGGUUCAUCAUCGGUCAAUUUGUACAGUUUUUACAUUUAUUUCUACAUUAUUAAAGAAGAAUUUGUGAAUCGGUAAAAAUGGGUUAGGGCCCGAACCCGUUGUUGGUCCCAUCUACGCAGUGUGAGUUAGAAACCGUCAUGACUCGAACCCACACUGACUACCCGAACUUUCUUACGGUCACACCAAAUGACGGUCUGUAAACCCGACUAAAAAUAAAUGAUAAUAAAACAAAGAGGCAAACAAAGGCGUUGAAACUUCCACUUGCUGGAGAUUGGUAAUAAGUAAUAAAAAGGGUUGGGGGUCUCGCAUCUUUUUUUGCUUUUUGGGGUAGAAUGAUUAGAGAGAGAGAGAGAGACAGACAAGAUACGAAUGGGCAGCUUUGAGUGUGCACUUACUGUGCAACUAUUCCUAUUGUUGGGGAACUUAUUUA